GUCUAUGGGGUAGCACAGAAUCGGACACGACUGACGCGACUUAGCAGCAGCAACUCCUCUUCUUUCCAGGUGAGCCAGGCCUUUGGAGCCAGGCCGGGAAGUUGGGACCGGCUCCCUUGGAGAGGGAGGGAGGAAGGCUGUACCAGAGCCCUGGUCUGGGAGGCCGGGUUUCAUUUAUUUGUACUUGAGUGAGCAAACUCGUGGGUUACUUCCGUUUUCUGUGUCCUAGAAACGAAUACUAUCCCUCGUUUUGCCACUUCACAAAGUUGUGCAAGUUGAAUAAGUAAAUGUGCAAGUUACCUCUUUCCUUUCGUUAAGUUUUUAUUCCUAAUAGCAACAGGGUAGGUGCUGUGUGAAGACAUCCAGACUCAACAGUUUAACAGCAGGUACUAUGUAUUGUAUGCUUAUCAGCCGGUACUAUUCUAAAUACGUUCCAUGCAUUAAUUCAUUUAUACAUCAUCACAACCCUAUGAAGGUAAUUAUCAGCUCCAUUUAACAUUUUUUAAGAAUGGAACACAGAAAAGGUAAAGUAACUUACCCAGUACCCCUUAUUGGCUAAUAACUGAUGGAACGUGGAUUCAAACCCGAGACUGCCAGCUUCAAGCUCAUGUCAUAUACUUGUCUUCAAAGUUUAGUGAAGGAAGAUGGAAUGUAAUCAGUGUUAAACACAGAAUGGAAAGUACUACAGUAGAUAUGUGUGACAUUCUUUUAGAAUAUUGAGAAAGUGCCUUGGAAAGGUGAAGAAAACUUUUCUAGAGGAAGAAAUGUGGUUCAUACUUGACCUGAAUAUUAAAAUUGUUCAGAGGUGUGAAUUAAUCUAAUUAGAAAUUUGAAGGUAAUUAAUUUGUUCGGUGUCAAGAGGUGCUAGUGGAUUGGGACAGAUUAGAUUGGAAACCCUGUCACUGUCUUUUGAUACAGUAUUCUUUCCUUUUUAUUCAUAGGGGUUCCUAAAACCUUUCCUCUUAGGAGAGGUCCCUAACAUCUUUCAAUAGGCUCCCACUGUCUUUUGUUGAAGAUUCUGCUUCACACUGAGACUGUCUUAUUUUCCUGAAAUUCAUCAGCCUCUGAUUGUGAGAGACUUAAGUGCUGGGGUGUUGUCCUGUUGUUGACUUUGUAAGGCAAGUGCAAAGAAAAAGAAGUGAGCCGGGCAGUCAGGCAAGAAAAGGAGAUUUAUUAGAGGGAAGAGAGGAUGACUGGCUCUUAAAGAGAACCAGCAUUCUCCCUUUCUGAUGGAGUCCUUCUUAUACCCCACCAAUGAAAAAUUCUCUGAAGGGAUGAUCAUGUAGCUGGAGGUCUGGAAUCUGGUGGUCUCGAAGCUUUGAGAAGAUAGGUGCCAGUGAGAUAACAGGAUGCCAUUUAGGCAGUUUGAUCAGUCUCACAGAUCACCUGAUUUAUUAUCUGUUUUCAAGGUUGACAUAACGAGCCAUCUUAUCAAUGAGACCCCAUGUGGGCCCUAUCACACUUAGCUUAUUUGUUUAUUUAUUUUGGCCAUGCCAGGCAGCAUGCAGGAUCUUAGUUCCCUGAGCAGGGAUCAGACCCAUGCUCCCUGCUGUGGAAGCCCAGAGUCUUAACCACUGGACUUCCAGGGAAGUCCCAUAGCUUGUUCUUAACAAGAGGCCAUCUCACUGCUUGACAAAUAGUGGCACCUCACUUAGUACUUUUCAUAUAAAUGAAUAACAGCUUCAGUCAAAGAGGGACUUGAAAGGGCUUGAUCUGAGAUUUUUGCUUUUUCCCCAUCUGUCUUUGGAGCCAAAGGAUCACAAAAUGUUGGUACUAGAGGAAGCUUAAAAUAUUUUUUUUUCACAGAUUAAAAAAUAUAAUUUUUCAUUUCACAGAUUAAAAAAAAAUGAAAUCACAAUUGAAGUUGAGUGACUUGCUUCAGGUUACUAUCUCCACUGAGUUAGUGGAAGAGCAGAGACUAGAACCCAGACAUUUUGAUUCAGUCUAGUGCUUGUCUUAUUGCCUUUCACUGUUGCCCCACAGUCUUUGAUUUUUGAAAUCAGUGGCUUCUCCAUUAGGUUUGGAGUGUAUGUAUGGGGUGGAGGGGUUAGUAGGCACAAAUCUUAUUCCUGGUGGAGAAAUUUUACCUGAGGAUGCUUGGUCCUUAAGAGCACCAGCCCUCUUUUUUUGUGCAUUGUCACCUCUCCCUGACUUUCGUCAUUAGUGAUACUCUCCCAGGAGAAUGACAUGCUUUCAUUUAUACUUAAAAUAGUCAUUUGGGUAUGGAUGGGCUAUUCCUGGAUUCCCAUGAAUCUAGAGUAUGAAGGAAGUAAAGUAAGCUAACAAUUUAUGGGUGGUCUUUCUCCUCCCUCUGCACCUCAGAUUCCUGCUCUUCCUCAUGGGAAGUGUGUCCAGGAGGGAAACCAGUGUUGCUUGUGUUCCUAACAACUUGUCUCUGGACAGCAUGAGUUCAAGCCAGAUUUCACUGCACAUGAAACAUCAGAGAUUUAACAGAUAACCUUCAGAAUGUAGCGAAUGUGGAAAGUGUUUUACUCAGAGAUCAUCUCUUACCCAGCAUCAGAGGAUUCACACAGGAGAGAAGCCCUAUGUAUGUACUGAAUGUGGAACUUGUUUCCGUAAACAGUCAAAUCUUACUCAACAUCUUAAGAUUCAUACAGGAGAGAAACCUUAUAAAUGUAAUGAAUGUGGGAAAGCUUUUCCAACAGAAGCAGUCCUCAUCCAGCAUCUGAGAAUUCAUACUGGGGAAAAACCAUAUAAAUGCAGUGAAUGUAGCAAAGCCUUUUGUCAGAGUCCAUCCCUUAUUAAACACCUUCGAGUUCACACUGGAGAGAAACCCUAUAAAUGUAGUGAGUGUGGCAAAGCCUUCAGUCAGAGUAUAUGCCUUACUCGUCAUCAGAGAAGUCAUUCUGGAGAUAGACCUUAUAAGUGUAAUGACUGUGGGAAAGCCUUUAAUCAGAGUGCAUGCCUCAUGCAGCAUUGGAGGAUCCAUUCAGGAGAGAAGCCCUAUACAUGUACCAAAUGUGGUAAAGCUUUCACUCAGAACUCUUCCCUUGUUGAACACGAGAGGACUCACACUGGAGAGAAACUUUAUAAGUGUAGUGAGUGUGAAAAAACCUUCUGCAAGCAAGCACACCUUAGUGAACAUUACAGAAUUCACACUGGAGAGAAACCUUAUGAGUGUGCUGACUGUGGGAAAUCCUUCAGGCACAGCUCAGCACUUGUGCGACAUCGGAGGCUUCAUGCUGGAGAAUAAACUCGAGAUACAACCAGGGUGAAAUAUGAAAACAAAUUUUUUUUUCAAAAUUCUUAGGAGAUUAAGAUUCAGUCUUUGGCUGGGAUGAAUAUUUUGUGUGUUGCACUAGAGGCAAUUGUGUCUUAAAAGUUAAGAAAAUAGAACUAGACAGUCUUGAGUGUGAUGGCUUCUCUGCCACUUAAUGGAUGUCUGACCUUACCUGUCUGAGCCUCAGUUUUUCCCAUUCCCCCCUAAAAAAUAACGAUGAUACUUACUAUGGUUGUAUUGAGAAUAAAAUGAAUUCUAUAUAAUAACUAACUGCCAUUAGUUGAUUUUGAGUGAUAGAUGUUCCAGAAGUUAAUAAAUCUUUUUAUUGAAAACAAAAUUCAACAUUUUUUUUUCUUUUGGUUCUCCUAGUUUAUUUUUUCUAAAGAAUAUUCUUGUAAUUGAACUGUGAUUUUAUACUUAAUCUACAGAAGGCUAUUUAAGCUAUGAUGUGAAGAUUUAAAUAGGAGAACACAUUUAAGACCAGUUUCUCCUUGGAAAAAAAUCAAAUUUAAUCAGAGAAGGAAGAAAUUACUGGGAUUUGAGUGAACAUUUUGGGUAUUCUAAAGAGCUUUAUGUAGAUUUUUAGAUCCACUGUAUAUUGUACUAAGUUGGUUCAGUCAUGUCCGACUUCACAAACCUGUGGACUGUGGCCUGCCAGUCUCCUCUAUCUGUGGGAUUCUCCAGGCAAGAAUACUGGAGAUUCAGAGAUGUGUGGAUGGGGGUGCCUCACAACAAUGAAUGGCUUCUAAAAGCUCAAAAGAAGCAAAGAAAUCAAAGGAUACUUUUGAUUGUGCUUCAUGCAAUGCUAAUAAGCUGCUCAAUGUAAACAAGCAUAUCUGACACUAAAAUGUACCCUUGUCAGAAAAGUAGGAUCUGUUUUCCAAAUCCCAGAGUCAAGAAAAAACAGAAAGGAACUUGAUUUCCUCGAAGUCAAAUAGGUGAUGUCAGAGUUGAAUUUCAGUCUAGAUCCCGGUUUUUAUAGUACCAAUCUCGCAGGUAAUUUUCCAUCACUGACCCUUCCCGUUAUGUGAGAUGCCAAAAUUGUGAAAACAAUUAAAGAAAAAAAGAAAACAAAAGAGUUUUUUUUCUUCAACUUACAGUAGUAUAUACUCAUUGAAACACAAUUACAAGAGUGGAAAAUUAAAAUUACAUGCUUUUCUGGUUUUUUGAAAAAAUAAAAUUGACAAAGCAU